UUGGAAAUGAACCGAGCUCUUCCUUGCCCUCUUGGCCUCUCCCUUCCUCGUGCUCCCCGGGCGGCGGCGCGCAGCACCUGUUCGACGGAACGCCGCUCCGGGGCGGGAAGCUUGGACCAUGGCGAGCGGGGAGGACCGCAUAAGCGCCCUCCCGGAGGACAUCCUCCACCAGGUGCUCCGCCUCCUGCCGGCUCAUGAGGUGGUGCGGACGUGCUUGCUCGCCCGGCGCUGGCGCGGCGUCUGGAGGUCUGUGCCCACCCUCUGCUUCACCGGGGCCAAGGGGUGGGGCAGCGCCGACAGGUUCGCCCAAUUCGUGGACCACUUGCUCCACCUCAGGUGCGGGGGAGACGGCGCGCCUCUGGAUUCCUGCGAUUUUGAUUUCGAUUCCGACGGAUUCAUGCUGUUGCCCGCUAACGAGCGGCAUGCGAGCAUCUGGCUCUGGAAGGCCCUGCCUCGUGUCCGGGCGCUCCGGCUUUGUAUCGUCGAGGAGCAGGAAGCCUCGCCACUAUCUGAUAUGCAUCUCUUCUCCCAGCACCUCACCAGAUUAGAGCUUGUUGGUGUCGGUGUCAACAACAGCGUCGUUGAUUUUGCAGGCUGUCCGACAUUGGUGGAACUGAGUAUGGAUACUUGCGACGUUUUUGUCAGACAGCUGUUGUCUCCAUCCUUGAAACAUCUGCGCAUUACCCGCAGCUAUACUUCUGAGUUUGACCGCAUUCUUAUUUCUCUACCAAAUCUUGUUUCGCUGGAGUUCAUCGAAUGCCGGCAAGGAAGGGUUCCAUUUCUUGGAAACUUGCCGCGGUUAGCAAGAGCUGUUGUUGUGCUUAACGAGUAUUGUGCUGAUCAAUGCUCUCAGGAUCGGUUUGAUAGUUGUGGUGCUGACAGUGAUAUUUGUGACGGUUGUUAUUAUUAUUAUGGGGAUCCUGGACAUGGGCCUCAUUAUGACCGCAACAACUGCAUCUUUCUCAAAGGCUUGUCAGAAGCCACAGACUUGGAGUUGUCAGCUCAUUCUGAUGUGACUGUUUUCAACAGGGAUUUGAAGUGGUGCCCUACAUUUACCAAGUUAAAGACUUUGCUACUCAAUGAUUGGUGUUUGGCUGCUGACCAUAAUGCACUAAUUUGUUUUCUCCAACACUCGCCAAUUUUGGAGAAGCUUACUCUUGAACUUUCUAAGGGACCUUUAUAUGAAACUGAAGCAGAAGGAAUAUACAAACCAUUGGGACAGUCAAUUGCAUCCAACUGUCUUAAGAUUGUUGAAAUCAAAUGUGCAAAUGUUGAUAGCAAGGUUCACAAAAUUUUGGAAAUACUGACUACGUACGGCAUACGCCUUGAGCAAAUUAGUAUCCAACAAACUAGCCGGAUUCCUGGAUCUGGAUGUUUCAAUUUUGUUUGCACUGAGUUCAGCUAAAACACGAGGUACAAAUGACGUCGUUCUCAAGGCGGCCAGCUCCACCGGGGAGAGGUACUCCACUGGAUUCAACGAGCUGCGCACCAUCGUCCCAAAGCCCUAUCCCUUUUGUACUCCACACUAGUAGAUCAUAGCAGCGUUGUACCUUUGCUAAACAAUUCCCCGUGGCUCUUGAAUUUUGUUGAGAGUUGUUCUAAGUUUCUGAUCUACUCCAGUAUGUGACAAAA